AUGGCAGCAUCUUUAUCAAGCAACGGCACCUGGUCUGGAAACCUGACAGACAACACAACUGUAAAGAUCCCUGAACAUCCGGUCAGUUUCACAAGCACACAAGAUCUCCACAUCUCCACCCUGCAACGGGAAGAGAACAGUCUCAUCGGCCACGAGACCAGCCUAAGCAUCCAGUGGAUUUUCGCACUGAUCAUCAUCCCAUGUAUAUCCCUGCCGGGAAUCCUUGGCAACAUGUCCAGCAUGAUCGUCCUGCACCGACACGGGUUCAAGAAAACCUCCAACAUCCUCCUGGCAGCAUUGACCCUGGCAGAUGCUUUCUACCUCAUCGGCAUCAACAACGUGCCUGCAUACAUCCAUGACUACAGCAGCUCGCCGGGGUUUGCCUACUCCACCACUGUCUGCUACGUUCUCUACGGCUUAUACCGGUUGUUCUUCCUCCUGGAGCUGUGGGGCAAUUGGUGUUCUCUGACUUUACCUGUCCUCAUUACCCUCGAGCGUAUCGUGGCCGUCUACUCUCCCUUUAAGUUCCCAAUAAUUGUCACCCCAAGAAGAACUUGGACUGCAGUUAUUGCCAUCUUUAUUCUGUGGGUACCCGUCAAUGUUUACUACUUCUUUCUAGAUGAUCUAGUUUUCGUGGACAUCGACGGACACAGUCACGGUGUAAUCACCCGGACCCGGUUGUACACGGAUGAUAACUACAAGCAGAUCUAUGUAUUCAUCAACAGGACAGCCAUUAUUCUCACAGAACCUAUCUCCGUCCUGCUGGUGAUUGUCGGUUGCAUCAUGGUCGGUGUCAAGAUCAAGGCGGCUUCCGUAAAACGCCGAAAAAUGAUGUCUGCCGUUAUCUCCGUUACCCAGAAACCUGCGGCGAUCCCGUCUUCUCGAACUACGUGGACACUGAUGCUGGUCUGUAUUGUCUACACCAUCACCAUCGGGUCGGCGUUCUUCAUUCAGCUGACGGUCACUCCCAGCAGGAACACUCAAGUGGACAAGAUCCUCGACACGAUGGUCAGGUUUGUCAAGUGCCUGCACAGCUCCUGCAACUUCUUCAUCUACAUCUACGCCAACAGAAACUUCAGGGACACCUACAGGCACAUCUUUGGCAACCUGGGCAGCCGCAGCAAAAGGCCUCAACAAGCGGGGAGCAACAGAAGCAGCUGA